UUAAUUGAUUUUAUCAACACAUUCUUCUCAGUGUUAAGAUGAAUGGAAUUUUAUUCAACAAAAAACAGACAGACAGGAGCAUGAGAGGGAAAGCUAGAGAGAGGUUCAACGGUAAGGGACCAUGCGGUAGAGGGACGGCCCAAUGCUGGGAAACAUCCAACCCCAGAAGAUGGAACCGACCAGUGCAAGACAGGAAAGAAACACGACAGAACAGUUCUAGAAACUCUGAAAUUCGGGGUUACGAUCGUCGAAUAUUUAAUCAAGCCUCCGUGUAUUUCUCCACCAACUUUCCAGAGGCUUGGAAGCAUGAACACAUGUGGCAUACUUUUCGUAAGUAUGGAAGAGUCCUGGACAUCUACAGCCCCAUGAGGAAAUCCAGGAAGGGGAGCAGAUUUGGGUUUGUCAGAUUCUUGGACGUCAGAAAUGAGAAGGAAUUGGAACACCAACUUGACCAGAUUCGAGUGGGGGAAUUCAAAUUAUGGGUUAAUAAACCAAGGUUCAAUGAGCACGAGAAGCAGUUAAGAGUAGCCCAGAGACAAAAAGGGAACGUAGGAUUCAGAGGACACAUAACUUUUGCUGAAAUGGUAAAGGGAAUCAGUGGAAGUGAAGCAAAUCUGGAAAGUAGGAGAGCAGCAAAUGGAGCAGAAGAACACAACCAAACACAAAUAAACAAUCUAUCCAAGCAUCCGAAAGUGGAGCAGGCUAAGGCAGGUUUGAGCUUCACCAUCCAGGAGGAAGAGUACACUUGGCUUCAAGGCUGCUAUGUGGGGAUUGCCCACUCAGUUGAGAUAAUCCCAACAUUACAAGAAAAAUUCUUCAUGGAGGGAUACUUCUCAUGUAGAAUAAAAGCCAUGGGCGGACGCCUGGUCCUACUUGAGGGUGGAGAUAAGGAGGAGAUUAAAGAUUUAGUAGAGGUUGCUCCAAAAUGGUUGGAACAAUGGUUCACGGAAGUUCAACCAUGGUGCCCUUCAACGGUUGCAAGGGAGAGAUUUGUAUGGCUUCGAUGCCAAGGAGUCCCUGCUCACAUUUGGGGGCCUAACUUCUUCACUACAAUUGAUUUCAUCUCCAAAAGUAUCAACAUCUCGGUCAACAGGGAACCUUAUUUGAUCAAAUCAUUGGACCACGGUGUGGAUGAUGAAGUAAGUGUGGCAUUUUUAGGCAGUGGGGAAGUAAAUGGUGGCCGGAGUUCCUCCAGUGGGAAGAAGGUUGUCGAUGACAUGGAAGUAAAGGAUGAGGUGACAGAGGAAGAUGACAGAGAUGAACAGCCACCUUACCGUUGGUCACAAGAGCGCCAAAAUACAAAUGGUGCUCAACUUUCGGCGGUGAAUGACAUAGCAUUUAAUGCAGUCGAUUCCCAAGACAAUCAACAGACUAACGGAGAUGACAAAAUUCAAAUUUGCUGCACUAGCAAUCAUGAAAAAUCCAUAGCUAAUUUGGAGAUUGUGUCGGAUAGUCAGGCCACACAGAUUGGUCAAAAUAAGGAUUGGCAGAGCCUCCAAAACAAGAUGCAUUCAUGUCCGGUGGCAGUAAACCCACUAAUGAAGAAGUGGACGGGCAGAUACAGAAGGAUGGGUCCAUUUCAACAAAUAUUGAAUGUAUUAUCAAAGGGACAUCUCUCCAAAAAAAUCCAACAAGAAGUGAGGAACAGAGCAUCAUCAACAGAAGGUCACAAUACAGAGCAGGAGUCGUCCUUCUGGAAGGGGUUUAGGAGCGAAUUUGGGGAAGAGCGAGAAUGGAUGGGCAGAAAUCAGAGGAAACCGAAACACAAGAAGAAGAAGAAAACCAGAUCUUGCCUCUCAGUGUACAUGAAGGGAAGAAAGGAGGAGCAGGAGCACAAUCCAAAGGGGAGGAAGAAAAUUCCAAAAGAAAGAACAACGGAAGAGAAGCUGCCGGUAUUUGUACCUGGACUCCAAAAUCAAGCUGCAGGAGAAUCAGUCACUGACAGCGGCAUCGAAAACAAAAACGUGGCUCUUCGAAAUGCUAUGGAUCUGAGAAUUGCGGAGAGAAUUUGGGCAUUCGCAAAGGAGAUCGGAGUUGGCGAUCAUGGCAAUGAAGCAGAGGUGAUCCAGAGACUCAGAGAUAUGGAAGAGCGCGAUAGGGAGCUGCACAGCACCUCAAAGGGGGUGUCAGCAGAUUUGAAUGAUGAUGAUGUGCAUCUAAGAAGGAGCAGUUUUCUGGAACUCUGGAAACAACAAAAAGUGAAGGAGAGCAUGUGGCGUCAAAAAGCAAGGACAACAUGGAUCAAAGACGGAGAUGCUAAUACAAAAUUCUUCCACAGGUGUGUUAAGGGAAGAAGGAGACGGAACGACAUUGUUAGCUUACAAGUGGGAGACAAACACAUGGAACAUGUGCAAGAGAUCAAGGAAGGCGUGGCAAAUUACUUUGAGAUUUUGUUCACAGAAGAAAGGUGGCAACGACCUCAUCUCGACGGAAUUGAUUUCAAAAAGAUAUCAGCAGACAAUUCCUUUUUACUUGCUCCCUUCAAUGAAGAAGAAGUUAAAAGGGCAGUAUGGAGCUGCGGAUGUUCUAAAGCACCAGGGCCAGAUGGUUUCAACUUCAAAUUCAUCAGAGAAAUGUGGGACACGAUCAAAGAUGACAUGAUGGGUUUUGUUGAUGAUUUUCACAAAAAUGGGAAAUUGGUCAGAAGAGCGAACAGUUCCUUCAUUGUGUUGAUACCCAAGGUUAUGAACCCCCAGAAAAUUGAAGAGUUCAGACCCAUUUCUAUAAUCGGCAUCAUGUACAAGGUGAUCGCAAAGCUCCUCACAAACAGAAUUUGUUCGGUUCUGGAUGGCAUUAUUGGAGAAAACCAAAUGGCCUUCAUCAAAGGUAGACAUAUGAUUGAUAGUAUUGUAAUAGCAAAUGAAACAAUCGAUGAAGCGAAGAGGAAGAAGAAGGCUAGUUUCCUGCUCAAAAUAGAAUUCGAGAAGGCGUACGACAAGGUCCGUUGGGAAUUCCUUGAUUACAUGAUGUCGAGGAUGGGGUUUGAUCCAAAAUGGAGACGGUGGAUUAACGAAUGUCUGAAGACGGCAGAGGCGUCGAUCUUACUCAAUGGUAGCUCAACGAGACAAGUCAAAAUUAACAAAGAACUCAGACAAGGCGAUCCACUCUCACCUUAUUUAUUUUUGUUGGUUGCAGAAGGCCUCAAUGGUAUUAUCUCUUCAGCAAUCAACCAUGGACUGUUUGACGGAAUUGAUAUUGGCAGUAGAGGUUUGAAAGUGUCUCAUCUGCAAUUCGCGGACGACUCGAUCCUAUUUGGGAAAGCCGGAGAGGACAACAUAUGGGCAGCAAAGAGUAUAUUGAGAAUCUUUGAGUUGGUAUCGGGUUUGAAAAUUAAUUUUGGGAAAAGCCAACUUGUAGGAAUAAAUGUUUCAGAGGGAUGGAUGUCAAAAAUGGCCCACAUAUUGAAUUGCAAGCAAGGAACAUUUCCAUGCAGAUAUUUGGGGGUUCCAAUAAGCGGUAGUGUGAAGAAAAUUUCUUUGUGGAAACCACUGAUUGAAUCUUUUGAGAAAAAAUUGAGCAAUUGGAAAAGCCGGCUCCUCUCUCUUGGCAGAAGGAUUACACUCCUCAACGCAGUAUUGUCCAACCUCCCAGUGUAUACCAUGUCUGUGCACCUACUCCCAAAAGGUCUGAUUCUUUCCUUAGAUAAAAUCUGUAAGAGCUUCCUAUGGGGGGGAGGGGGGAGCAAGAGAAAAAUCAACUGGGUCUCAUGGGACAAAGUUUGUAGCAGCAAGAUGGAGGGUGGGCUAGGUGUCAAAGAUCUUAGAAAAUUUAAUCUAGCAUUAUUGGGAAAGUGGUGGGGUAGACUUGCAAGUGGGGAGGAGAGUCUAUUAUACAACAUUAUCCAGCACAAGUAUGGUUGUUUGGAGGGUAGAUGGAUUGAUUGGGUGCAGGUGGAUGACCAAAGGGGAUCUCUAUGGUGGAGAAACUUAUGUAGGAUUGACGAUUUGGAUCCAAACAGCAGAGGAUGGCUAUCAGGGGGUUUUAAAUUGAAGCUUGGGAACGGGCAGUAUGUCAACUUUUGGAAGGAUACAGACAAGAGCAUGAGAGGGAAAGCUAGAGAGAGGUUCAACGGUAAAGGACCGUGCGGUAGAGGGACGGCCCAAUGCCGGGAAACAUCCAACCCCAGAAGAUGGAACCGACCAGUGCAAGACAGGAAAGAAACACGACAGAACAGUUCUAGAAACUCUGAAAUUCGGGGUUACGAUCGUCGAAUAUUUAAUCAAGCCUCCGUGUAUUUCUCCACCAACUUUCCAGAGGCUUGGAAGCAUGAACACAUGUGGCAUACUUUUCGUAAGUAUGGAAGAGUCCUGGACAUCUACAGCCCCAUGAGGAAAUCCAGGAAGGGGAGCAGAUUUGGGUUUGUCAGAUUCUUGGACGUCAGAAAUGAGAAGGAAUUGGAACACCAACUUGAUCAGAUUCGAGUGGGGGAAUUCAAAUUAUGGGUUAAUAAACCGAGGUUCAAUGAGCACGAGAAGCAGUUAAGAGUAGCCCAGAGACAAAAAGGGAACGUAGGAUUCAGAGGACACAUAACUUUUGCUGAAAUGGUAAAGGGAAUCAGUGGAAGUGAAGCAAAUCUGGAAAGUAGGAGAGCAGCAAAUGGAGCAGAAGAACACAACCAAACACAAAUAAACAAUCUAUCCAAGCAUCCGAAAGUGGAGCAAGCUAAGGCAGGUUUGAGCUUCACCAUCCAAGAGGAAGAGUACACUUGGCUUCAAGGCUGCUAUGUGGGGAUUGCCCACUCAGUUGAGAUAAUCCCAACAUUACAAGAAAAAUUCUUCAUGGAGGGAUACUUCUCAUGUAGAAUAAAAGCCAUGGGCGGACGCCUGGUCCUACUUGAGGGUGGAGAUAAGGAGGAGAUUAAAGAUUUAGUAGAGGUUGCUCCAAAAUGGUUGGAACAAUGGUUCACGGAAGUUCAACCAUGGUGCCCUUCAACGGUUGCAAGGGAGAGAUUUGUAUGGCUUCGAUGCCAAGGAGUCCCUGCUCACAUUUGGGGGCCUAACUUCUUCACUACAAUUGAUUUCAUCUCCAAAAGUAUCAACAUCUCGGUCAACAGGGAACCUUAUUUGAUCAAAUCAUUGGACCACGGUGUGGAUGAUGAAGUAAGUGUGGCAUUUUUAGGCAGUGGGGAAGUAAAUGGUGGCCGGAGUUCCUCCAGUGGGAAGAAGGUUGUCGAUGACAUGGAAGUAAAGGAUGAGGUGACAGAGGAAGAUGACAGAGAUGAACAGCCACCUUACCGUUGGUCACAAGAGCGCCAAAAUACAAAUGGUGCUCAACUUUCGGCGGUGAAUGACAUAGCAUUUAAUGCAGCCGAUUCCCAAGACAAUCAACAGACUAACGGAGAUGACAAAAUUCAAAUUUGCUGCACUAGCAAUCAUGAAAAAUCCAUAGCUAAUUUGGAGAUUGUGUCGGAUAGUCAGGCCACACAGAUUGGUCAAAAUAAGGAUUGGCAGAGUAAGUGGGUAACGGUGGGGCCUCUAACGUUGUCUAGCCCACUGGAGGAUGACCCUUUAGAGAAUAAUGACAUUUGGGCCACAAUUAACCACAGGCCUCCAAAACAAGAUGCAUUCAUGUCCGGUGGCAGUAAACCCACUAAUGAAGAAGUGGACGGGCAGAUACAGAAGGAUGGAGCAUCAUCAACAGAAGGUCACAAUACAGAGCAGGAGUCGUCCUUCUGGAAGGGGUUUAGGAGCGAAUUUGGGGAAGAGCGAGAAUGGAUGGGCAGAAAUCAGAGGAAACCGAAACACAAGAAGAAGAAGAAAACCAGAUCUUGCCUCUCAGUGUACAUGAAGGGAAGAAAGGAGGAGCAGGAGCACAAUCCAAAGGGGAGGAAGAAAAUUCCAAAAGAAAGAACAACGGAAGAGAAGCUGCCGGUAUUUGUACCUGGACUCCAAAAUCAAGCUGCAGGAGAAUCAGUCACUGACAGCGGCAUCGAAAACAAAAACGUGGCUCUUCGAAAUGCUAUGGAUCUGAGAAUUGCGGAGAGAAUUUGGGCAUUCGCAAAGGAGAUCGGAGUUGGCGAUCAUGGCAAUGAAGCAGAGGUGAUCCAGAGACUCAGAGAUAUGGAAGAGCGCGAUAGGGAGCUGCACAGCACCUCAAAGGGGGUGUCAGCAGAUUUGAAUGAUGAUGAUGUGCAUCUAAGAAGGAGCAGUUUUCUGGAACUCUGGAAACAACAAAAAGUGAAGGAGAGCAUGUGGCGUCAAAAAGCAAGGACAACAUGGAUCAAAGACGGAGAUGCUAAUACAAAAUUCUUCCACAGGUGUGUUAAGGGAAGAAGGAGACGGAACGACAUUGUUAGCUUACAAGUGGGAGACAAACACAUGGAACAUGUGCAAGAGAUCAAGGAAGGCGUGGCAAAUUACUUUGAGAUUUUGUUCACAGAAGAAAGGUGGCAACAACCUCAUCUCGACGGAAUUGAUUUCAAAAAGAUAUCAGCAGACAAUUCCUUUUUACUUGCUCCCUUCAAUGAAGAAGAAGUUAAAAGGGCAGUAUGGAGCUGCGGAUGUUCUAAAGCACCAGGGCCAGAUGGUUUCAACUUCAAAUUCAUCAGAGAAAUGUGGGACACGAUCAAAGAUGACAUGAUGGGUUUUGUUGAUGAUUUUCACAAAAAUGGGAAAUUGGUCAGAAGAGCGAACAGUUCCUUCAUUGUGUUGAUACCCAAGGUUAUGAACCCCCAGAAAAUUGAAGAGUUCAGACCCAUUUCUAUAAUCGGCAUCAUGUACAAGGUGAUCGCAAAGCUCCUCACAAACAGAAUUUGUUCGGUUCUGGAUGGCAUUAUUGGAGAAAACCAAAUGGCCUUCAUCAAAGGUAGACAUAUGAUUGAUAGUAUUGUAAUAGCAAAUGAAACAAUCGAUGAAGCGAAGAGGAAGAAGAAGGCUAGUUUCCUGCUCAAAAUAGAAUUCGAGAAGGCGUACGACAAGGUCCGUUGGGAAUUCCUUGAUUACAUGAUGUCGAGGAUGGGGUUUGAUCCAAAAUGGAGACGGUGGAUUAACGAAUGUCUGAAGACGGCAGAGGCGUCGAUCUUACUCAAUGGUAGCUCAACGAGACAAGUCAAAAUUAACAAAGAACUCAGACAAGGCGAUCCACUCUCACCUUAUUUAUUUUUGUUGGUUGCAGAAGGCCUCAAUGGUAUUAUCUCUUCAGCAAUCAACCAUGGACUGUUUGACGGAAUUGAUAUUGGCAGUAGAGGUUUGAAAGUGUCUCAUCUGCAAUUCGCGGACGACUCGAUCCUAUUUGGGAAAGCCGGAGAGGACAACAUAUGGGCAGCAAAGAGUAUAUUGAGAAUCUUUGAGUUGGUAUCGGGUUUGAAAAUUAAUUUUGGGAAAAGCCAACUUGUAGGAAUAAAUGUUUCAGAGGGAUGGAUGUCAAAAAUGGCCCACAUAUUGAAUUGCAAGCAAGGAACAUUUCCAUGCAGAUAUUUGGGGGUUCCAAUAAGCGGUAGUGUGAAGAAAAUUUCUUUGUGGAAACCACUGAUUGAAUCUUUUGAGAAAAAAUUGAGCAAUUGGAAAAGCCGGCUCCUCUCUCUUGGCAGAAGGAUUACACUCCUCAACGCAGUAUUGUCCAACCUCCCAGUGUAUACCAUGUCUGUGCACCUACUCCCAAAAGGUCUGAUUCUUUCCUUAGAUAAAAUCUGUAAGAGCUUCCUAUGGGGGGGAGGGGGGAGCAAGAGAAAAAUCAACUGGGUCUCAUGGGACAAAGUUUGUAGCAGCAAGAUGGAGGGUGGGCUAGGUGUCAAAGAUCUCAGAAAAUUUAAUCUAGCAUUAUUGGGAAAGUGGUGGGGUAGACUUGCAAGUGGGGAGGAGAGUCUAUUGUACAACAUUAUCCAGCACAAGUAUGGUUGUUUGGAGGGUAGAUGGAUUGAUUGGGUGCAGGUGGAUGACCAAAGGGGAUCUCUAUGGUGGAGAAACUUAUGUAGGAUUGACGAUUUGGAUCCAAACAGCAGAGGAUGGCUAUCAGGGGGUUUUAAAUUGAAGCUUGGGAACGGGCAGUAUGUCAACUUUUGGAAGGAUGUGUGGACAGGAGAUCAAUCCCUUGCCAAUAGAUUCCCCCAAUUAUAUCUCGCUUCCACAGAUAAAGAAAAGAGAAUCUCUCAAAUGGGAUUAUGGAGGGAAGAUACCUGGCAGUGGACACUUCAUUGGAGACGAUCGUUGUAUGAGUGGGAGAAAGACAAUCUCACCGAGAUGCUGGGACUAAUCAACAACUUACACCCAAUCAAAGACCAAACAGACCACUGGGAGUGGAAACACAACAAAGAAGGAGAAUACUCACUCAAAACAGCUUACGGUCUCCUAUCCAAUAACAACGACAACAGCAGAACGCAAAUGCAUAAAAGGACAUGGAAGAAACUCAUUCCCACAAAAAUCAGUGCAUUUGGUUGGCAAGUCCUGCAGAAUAGAAUACCCACAAAACUCAACCUGUAUCAGACGAGAAUUAUACCGACAAUAGCCUGAUGUGCAGUUUGUGUGGUGAUGACAUUGAAGAUACCAAUCAUCUGUUUAUUCCUUGUAGAGUGGCUCACUCAGUAAGAAGCAAAUGUGCAAGAUGGUGGAGGUUUCUCACGGCUCACCCAAAGACAUGCCAAGAAGACUUCGAGCAGCACAGGCCUCCCAUAAAAGACUCAUCAGUAC